AUGCUUUUUCUGUAUUUCGCUCAAAAUCGCCCUUCACGUGUCAUCCGUGCCCAUUUCCUAAGUCCAUUGCUGAGCGAAGCCCGGCAAUUCAUGCAUCGAUAUUUGUCAGCAACUGGCGCUCGCUUAGACGUGUUUGAACAGCCGUUCCACCGAAAGGUUGACUUGGAUCUGCGCAGGCUUGAGUUUGUCCGUGACACACUUGCAGAGCUAAAGCGUUCGGGUGGUAUUCAAGUGGUAGCUCCGGAACAUCGCAUGUCACUUGAGCUCAAACGCCUGGAAUCAGGUAAUGAUGAUCCUGCGGUGGAGAUACUCGAUGCAAUCCUUGAUAGUAACCAAUUUGUCGAUGUUCUUGAUGAGUGUGACGCAAUACUCCAUCACAAGUAUCAUUUGGUGUAUGCGGUCGGUACACCGAUUCCUCUUGGUAGUGGAAUGGAACGGUGGACGGUCACAGAAGCUGUACUGCGAGUUGUGGCAAAUCAAACAGCCAGUUCUCGCGUCCGUAAGGUGCUACAAGCUGCACAUGUUUCCUGCUUUUCCCCAGACUACGUCACCCGCUUGGGUUCAUACGACGGUACUCGGCUGAACACUCUUGUGGAAAGCACGAAACUCAUGCGCCAUAAACUCAAAGAGGCCUUAGUGCUGGAUCUCAUCGACGAAGCUCCAUUUGAACUGAUGUGGCUAAAUACUUUUGGUGGCAAUGCUGCACGACCAUCAAUUGUCACGGCUAUUACUGAUUCGACCGUAAGUCUACAGGAAGCUCUUGGCGACGGCUUGGCAAAAAUUACGCCUUUCGUAGCUCAAUUACUGGCGAUGAGAGGACUCGUGGCAUUCGGAGUGCUCGAGCAUUGCUUGGAGAAACGCUAUCGAGUCGACUUUGGACUUCCAGUUUGUGAAUUUAGCCACCCUGACGUUUGUAUCGUGCUCACUCUGCUUGGAUAUUACCACGGCGGCCUGACAAAGGAGGAGGUCCGAGAUGCGUUCAAGGUGCUGUUGCGCUUGGACAUCUCGGAGCAAGAGCAUCAGUACGAUCGAUGGUUUGUCAGCGUCGAGCCGGGAUUAACUGACACUGAUCGGGUGGCUCUGUGCAACGUGCGCCAUAUUAGUCUUGCUGACAGCCGACAAUUCGAGACGUUGUGUCGAGUCUACAAGUACUGCAUGGAGGCGAUAAACUUCUUCUUGAACACAUGUGUGUUUCCCAACGAUACGCAGCAGUAUCCGCAACGAUUGUCCCGAACAGCGUGGAAUCUUGCAGCAGGAGACUGUACGAUCGGAUUCUCCGGUACGAACGAUAAUCACCGUUUGCUCCCACUUUCGGUGGCGCAACGAGAGCCAAAUGAGCCGUCAUUGUUGGGCACGAAUGGAAAGAUGAUCGACAAGAUCAUACGGGUGACACACAGUUACGAGGUGAUCAAUCCCAGUCCGAGACGCGGACUAAUACCAUGGCAGAGUGUGCUUUUAUUCGCCAUCGACAAGAAAGCACAAGCUCUUAUCGAUACUGGUGCCCUUCUCGCUGGUGUGGCGAAUGAUGGAGCAGCGGACUUUGUUCUCAAACAAGCUGACUUUGCGUUUGCUGGCGUAACAUUCUAUGACAGCAGGAAAGAGCACAACUGCUGGAUGAUUGCAGAAAAGGCUCGGGGGAUCAAGUUGCCGCUGAAAAAGUCCUCGAUGCUUGAGAAGGAGACGUUUGUCAUUUUUGAUGAAGCGCGCUCGCGAGGGUCAGACAUGAAGCUGCUACCAGACGCAGUCGCCGUUUUAACACUUGGGCCGAAGCUCACUAAAGAUAAACUGAUGCAAGGUGCAGGACGAAUGAGGCAACCUGGAUGCAAUCAGACGCUGUGGAUCGCUAGUUUUGAUGAAGUCGCGCAGAGCGUCCUUCAAACAAGUGGAAAACAUGCACUUUCACGUGUGUCUGUAAUCGAUGUGCUGAAUUGGGUGAUGGACAACACGAAAGCGGAGGCAACGCAGCUGAACCCGAACAAGGAGUUGGUUGAUGAGAACUGGUCGUUGGAGACGAUGUACCAAGAAAAGCUACAUGUGGAUAAAAUUGCGAAGAUCAUUGACUCGAAGGCGCACCUCGAUUCCAAGCUCUCUGCGGAUGCGGUGGUCGACGAAAUUUGUUGCAGGGGAUUUGUGUACGGACUCGACGAUGAAGUGUGUGUGACUUCACACACCGACGAGUGCGAACGAGAGCUCCAGAUCGAGGAAGAGAUAAUUCAGGAGCGAGAAGUUGAAGUGAUGAAGUGUGUUCCGAUCGAAGAGAAGGUCUGGAAGUACGAGAAGAUUUUGUGUGCCAGGUCAGUGAAAGACCUUAACGGAGUUGUGCAGGUGGUGGAGAUGACAGAUUUUAUCGGUCAAUCGGUCAUACCGAAGGAGAUGACGAGUCUGGCUUGGUCGAGUUCGCGGAUCUUUGGCACUGUGAACUUUUUUACAACAAUCGGAACGUGUAACACACAGACGAGCGCGGAGCAGAUGAACGCAUUUUUACGGAUGAUUGAUGUCGUACUGGUGUUUCGAAACGGUCAAGUUCUCUUGCUGUCUGAGUGUGAAGCUGAUCACAUACUUGAGCUGCUCUGGUCUGCCCGUGGAAGAAAGCACUGUAACUUCAGGUUUAUCAAUCUCGCUUUUGCACGCGAAAGCCUUGCUCGUGGCGGGACAAUCACCAAGUUCCGUGAUGUUCACCUGGCACUUGGACAGCAACUGGACCAAGAACUACCGCUACUGUCGACGAUUGCUUGUCACGUGUUCACUGGCGAAACGAUGAUGGCAAAGGAACAGCGAGCGAAAGUGGAGCAAGCAUUCCGCGACCUGCUUCGUCCACUGGCGCAGCGAGAAACGACGCUGAGCAAUUUCGUGACGUCGCGAGGUAAUAGCCACAAGUGGAUGCGUUCGUUUCUGCACGAACUUUGCCGCCGGAUGGAUUUGGAAUACUGCACAAAUAAACGAGUUCUGCGUUGUAGUGCUUGUGGGUCCAAGCGACAAAAGGUAUAA